AUGAAAGACACACUUCGCCAAAAAUCUGGGAAGACUGGCUCCGGGACCGAAUUUGACAUUACCUCCCAAUUGAGGGAGCCUGUGUCUCCUAAUCCCUGGACCAGCGAGACGCCCUCGACCCUCAAUGGUGACACCACCUCCCGCCAGAUAUCAAAAGCUUCCAAGACUCCCCAUCCUACUUCUCCUAUCAGAAAUGUUACCCCAGAUACUACCCAAGCGCAGUCUCAAUCUCCUCCACCAUCCGGUCAUAGAUUAGAAGUUCCUUCUGGAGACGAUGCUGCUAGCACCACUGACGACCCAGCAAAACCUGCUCGUCGAAGAAAGACCGUAACCAAAACACCUCAUACUUUUGAACUGGAGGCUGAUCUCAAUCCCGUCAAACCCAAAGAGCAGUGUCCUCCGACUCCAAUGGAAACCCCGAAGCAAGAAGGCCCGGCCCCAAUACCUAAGAAGAAAAAGCGAGCAUCUCAGCCCCCUCCGGCAGAUCCAAAUGCUCCUAUCAUGGUCAAUGCCAUCCCUUCAAUCCAGCAAACUCCUCCUCCGUCUACACCUCCCCCGGCCGUUACCGAAACUCCAGUAUCGACACCGAGACUGACUUCUGCUGCUCCUCCCCCCGCUGGUUUUCCGACAUCACCCAAACCCACACCAGCAACCGUGGCUCCUGUGAAUCCAUUCACGAACCAUCGGCCUAAAAAAUCCCUCUCAGCAUCCUCGACUUCAGUCGCAGCGUCCAAUCCUUGUCGGUUCACCCCCCCACCUCUGCCCAAGGAAUCGUUUUACGGCAAAGUCAUUGUCUUGACACACGGUGCUAGUCAAACUGGGCAAGCUUUAGUGCGUCAGUUCCACGCUGCGGGAUCUCGUGUCAUCUUUGGGGACACCAAUAGCGGCCAGGCUCGCAAACUGAUCAGUUCACUGGGACCCCCUCAUGUCGUUCAUUUUAACAAAUGUGACAUGACCAAGUAUUCUGACAUUCUCGACUUGUUCAAACUUGCCACAACAAUGUACGGGCGUGUGGAUCACGCCGUGUUCGGAGUCGGGGACGAUGGCGGUCAAGCUGUUAGUGUCGGCGAAGGCGAAAAGGGGUGGUUCGAAGAUAGGGUCGGCGUUGGCAAGACAUUCCGCACGGCUUGCACGGAUGUCGAAUCUGAACCGCCGGGUCUUGGUGACGUACUUACCGCGAGCGUCCGGUUUGCUCGUAUCGCGAUGGCAUAUCUCAAAUACUCUCCAAAGUCGAAGAAUUCCAAGAAAUCGGUGGUCAAUCCUUAUUCGACAAACCAACCCGAUCCUACUCCUCCUGCUCCAGCAAAAGAUGACCGAAGCCUGACUUUGGUCACGAGUAUUUCCGCCUUCAAGGAAACACCGCUCCUGCCCAUAUAUCAAGUCACGCAGCACGCGAUUUUAGGGCUGGUACGCAGCUUACGGACCGCAGUCGACCCUGAUCCUGAGCGGGAUGGGGUACGCAUUAAUGCUGUCGCCACCAACAUCAUGGUUCCACGUGCGAAUGCUCAGUCCGGAGGCCGUAUGUCAGUACAACUCCCACCCGACCGGCCCGAUGAUGUCGCACGGGUGAUUGUAGGGGUCGUGGCGACCAAUUCUUCUACUUCCAUUCCAACCGAGGCCAGCAGUGAGACGGGCCUCACGCAUGGAAGCGGUAUUUGGUACGAGAAGGGCUUGGAACGCGGUAUGCGGGAGAAGUACCUUCACGGCCGCGUCAUUUACAGCGUGGGUGUUGAUUGCUGGGAUGUUCAGGAGGGUUUGGAUCGCAGUGAACCCGUAUGGAUCGGCAGUCGACCGGCCGAGGUGCUAGCAAAGAGUAUGAGUGGCCUGAGUGUCGUUGAUCAAGAGGGUAGUAGCUGGAUCUUGGAUCAUUUUUGA